AUGGCACUUCGUCAUGACGACACCCGGCACGUGUCAAAACUGUCACUAUCACAGACUCUCUCACGAUGGAAGAACAGAUCCAGAGAGUCCUUGAACUUCGACGAGCCUGCCAUUAACGACACAGCUACAUCCACUGAGAGGGAGCGGAACCUGGGAAGACGCAAGUCCAGCAUCUCUUCAUUCACUUCGUUCAUGUCUUCCAACUCCUCCAACUCAGAACGCAGUCUCAAGACCAUGGGCCGAGCCAAGACUGUCAAUGAAGAAGUUACACGACCCAAGUCACGAAGCAAGGACCAGCCCCAGAAAACGGCAGACAAUACGCGACGGAUCUUUAGUGGUAACGCUUCCUACUCAUCAUUGAUCGAUAUCUCAGAGGAAAAGAAACCCAAGGAAACCAAGAACACCAAGAACACCAAGAACACCAAGAGCCCAUCGCCCCUAUCUACAACUCCCACGGGACCCGCCACAACACAAACAAUGAUCUCAUCUACCAACACCAACAACAACAUCAACACCAAAACCAACACCAACACCAACGCCAACACCAACAUCAACACCAGCACCACCACUAACAAGGCAGAAAUCAUAGCAGCCAACCCGCCCACUACCCCUUCUCCUCUUAGCAAACCCCCUCCAUCUAAGCGAUUUUCUCUGGCAGUUGUCUCUUCAUCCCCUAGCUUCUCCUCCGCCAGAACCACCCGCCCAGCAUCGAUGUCUCUGUCACCUAUUCUCCCAGAGAGAUCAGCCAAGAGAGCAUCUGUUCUGCAGGUUGCCCCAUUCUUCCAGCGACCUACUGCCAUCAAGGAGCCCGAAGAAGAGGAAUCAUCUGCUUCAUCCGGAUCCGAUGACCUAUUCUCCGAUACGGAGGAUCCUUAUGUCGAUCCCACCAUCAAUCUGGACGAGUAUGACGAAGACGACGCUGAAAUAUUCUGCAAGGCUCCUCUGAAACAUAAGGUCGUUUGCAUCACCUGUGGCCACAAAUUCGAUACAAUUGAUGAAUGCUUCUCUCAUCGAGAGAAGCACCAGCAGCAGGCUAUACGACGACCCCUGACCCAGGGAACUACGAAGAUGAAGCGACCUGCUUCAAUUGCUGUUGACGUCCAGAAAGAACGUGCUGCUCUUGUGCAGACAAAGUCUAAACGAUUCACUUCUUCACGCCACUCAUGGAGCGUUCGAGAGAUGGGACGUGUUUAA